CCCUGCACUGUCGGGGUUGAACUUCCUGGGUCAGAAGCUGCUGCCGCCGCCUCCAUCCAUUGCAAUCCCGGAACCCGGACUGAUCAGCUGCUCCCCAGCGGGGUGUGUGCGGGGAGAGCCCUUCCUUAGCGCCCCUGUGCCCAGCCGGGGGUCUUUCUCCGGGGGCUGGAACCAGCCCCUGGGGCAGCCCCGGGCUCUGCCGACACCAGCCCCUGAGCCGGAGCCUGCAGGUUGUCCCAUGCCCUCCAGAGACAGGGAAGGGAAAUGACUGCAGUGGAGCUGGUGACCUUCGAGGAAGUGGCUGUGUAUUUCUCUGAGGAAGAAUGGGCUCUACUGGACCUGGGUCAGAGAGCCCUCUACCGGGACGUCAUGCGGGAGAAUUAUGAGACUGUGACUUCACUGGCAGGAUUUCUGAUUUUCAAACCUGACAUCAUCUCCUGGCUGGAUCAAGGAGAGGAGCCAUGGCUCCCUGAUCUCCAUGGAUACAAGGAAAGAGAGAUCCUGAGAAACACCCACACAGCAGAUGAUGGGGUGGUGAGUGAGAUUGAGGAGGAGAAUCCUGAGCAGGAAGGUCCUGAGCAAGUGGAACCACAGGGGACAGUAUCGGGAAGAGCUGAAGGGGAUAUUUCCCAGAGUCCUGAGGAGGGAGAAGACCAUGAGGGUCAGAGCGAGCCAGAGACAGAGCAAGGAAACCACUCAGAGGAGAGACAGGGUAAAUCCAAAGGAAUUAGGAAAAUCAAAAAAACUGUUCAACAGAGAAGCCCCACUGGAGAAAGACCCUACACAUGUGGUGACUGUAGGAAAAGCUUCCAAUACAGAUCAGCCCUUAUUAGACACCAGAGAAUCCACACAGGAGAGAGACCCUACAAGUGUCUCGACUGUGGGAAAAGCUUCAGACAGACCUCAGCCCUUAGUAAACAUCAUACACUCCACACAGGAGAGAGACCCUAUGAGUGUCUAGAGUGUGGGAAAAGCUUCCGUCAGAGGUUCCACCUUAUUAAACAUCAGAGAAUCCACACGGGAGAGCGACCCUAUGAAUGCCUUAUGUGUGGGAAAAGCUUCAGUGAGAAUUCACAGCUUCUAUCUCAUCAUAGAACCCACACAGGAGAGAGACCCUAUAACUGCCCCGAUUGCGGGAAAAGCUUCCGUCAUAGAUCAGUCCUCAUUGAACAUCAGAGAAUCCACACGGGAGAGAAACCCUACAAAUGCAAUGAGUGCGGGAAAAGCUUCAGUCGGUUCUCUCACCUCCUAUCACAUCAGAGAACCCACACAGGAGAGAAACCCUAUAACUGCCCUGACUGUGGGAAAAGCUUCAGUGAAAGCUCAACCCUUAUUCAACAUCAGAGAAUCCACACGGGAGAGAAACCCUACAAAUGCAAAGAGUGUGGGAAAAGCUUCAGUCACAUCUCACACUUCCUAAUACAUCAGCGAAUUCACACAGGAGAGAAACCCUAUAACUGCCCUGAUUGUGGGAAAAGCUUCAGUCACAACUCAACUCUUACUCAACAUCAGAGUAGCCACACAGGAGAGAAACCUUACAAGUGCAAUGAGUGUGGGAAAAGCUUCAGCCGGAUCUCACGCCUCCUAUCGCAUCAGAGAAUCCACACAGGAGAGAAACCCUAUAACUGCUCUGACUGCGGGAAAAGCUUCCGUCACAGGUCAGUCCUUGUUACUCACCAGAGAAUCCACACAGGGGAGAAACCCUUUCAAUGCCCAGAAUGUGGGAAAAGCUUCACUGUGAGCUCAACCCUCACUAAACAUAGGAGAAUCCACAGUGGAGAAAGACCCUAUGAGUGUAUUGACUGUGGGAAAAGCUUCAGUCAGAAUUCACAGCUUCUAUCACAUCAGAGAACCCACACAGGAGAGAGACCCUAUAACUGCCCCGAUUGCGGGAAAAGCUUCUGUCAUAGCUCAGUCCUUAUUGAACAUCGGAGAAUCCACACGGGAGAGAAACCCUUCAAAUGUGCUGAGUGUGGGAAAAGCUUCAGAAUCCACACUGGAGAGAAACUCUAUAACUGCCCUGACUGCGGGAAAAGCUGAUGUCAGAGGUCAGUCCUUGUUCCUCACCAGAGAAUCCACACAGGGGAGAAACCCUUUUAAUGCCCAGAAUAUGGGGAAAGCUUCACUGUAAGCUCAGUCCUUACUAAACAUAAGAGAAUCCACAGUGGAGAAAGACCUAUGAGUGUAUUGACUGUGGGAAAGGCUUCAGUCAUAUCUCACACUUUCAAUGACAUCAGGGAUCCUUAUAAAUGCCCUGACUGUGGGAAAGGCUUGCGGCACAGCUCAGACCUCAUAACACAUAAGAGAAUCCAGAGAUCACAAAACCAAGAAUUGCCCUGGCUGGGGAAGGGCUAAGUGAAUAACACCUUUGCCAAUUCCCACAAAUCUCAGAGGGUCAGGCCAGACCUGGUAGGAGUGGCCAUGUAAUGAGGACAUGGUGUAGUUAUAAAGCAGAAAAUGAAAUGACCUUCCCAGAGCAAAGCUGUGUAGAACAAGAGUCUGAGAUGAGACUUCCAAAUUGUGAUGGGAUUUUAUUAUAAUUUUCCAGAUGCUUCCAUUGACCUUCUCUAUUGAAAUUUGGUCUUGUAUACUUAGAAUCAUCCUUAUCUUAUAUGCUGUGAUUUCGCAUUAACUCUUGAUAGUUUUUUAGGCUGGUAUCCACCGAGAGACGCUGUGACACUCACUAUUGCAGAGACUAUAUUUUUUGGCACCUAGAAAAUCACAGGAACAACACUGGAAUCAAGGAAGCCUGAGUUAGGAGCACCGGCUCCCUCUCUACAAUGAAUGAGGAGAGAUAGGUGCCUUAGAAUGAGAUUCACAAAAGCCGGCAUGCUAGGUCAGGCACUGCCUAAGCUAGCCAAUGGGAGAUGAUGACCAGAGGGAUGUGUGUUAACCUCACCCCUCCCAGGGGCAUAGGAACCUAUCUCUGUUUGUGAUUGACAAACCAAGGAAGGUAUUAUGCGGUGGGGCCUGGUCUAGUAAGUGUAUUCAGAAGCUGCCUAAGUCCGCACAAAACAGUGAGGAAAAUUCUAAGAACAUCAACGGACUAAGUUUUAGCAUUUGAAUGUGACAACUUUUUAACUGAAACUGAUGUGGUGCUGAUUUAAACUGCCUGCUUGCACCUGUAACUGCCAGUUACUGUUCACACCUUGUCUGUGUAGUGCUGAGCUCACUUAAAUUGUCUUAUUAAUUAUCUGUCUUACUGCCUAAAAGAGCUACCCUUUAGAUCUUUGGUUUGGUGAGGAUAUAACUAAAUCUCAGCUGUGCUUACUGUGUUAUCCCAGCUUUGUGGAAAUCCAUUGCUUGAUGGUUAAUUUUCUUUUGUUGUCUUGUUUCAACUCAAUUCCUAACUUUAAGUGCUACUGGGAACUAGCAACUUUGUCAAUCACUGUUCUGCUCAUGCCUGUAUCUUAGGCUGUGGCUACACUAUGAGGCUUUUAGCGACAUGACUGUGCUGCUACAGCCGUGUUGCUAAAAGGCAUGCAGUGUAGCUGCUGUUUGUCAGCAGGAGAGCUGCUGUUUGUAGGCAGGAGAGUGCUCCUGCCAACAAAACGCUGUUCACACUGGUGCUUUUUGUCAGUAAAACUUUUGUCGUGUUUUUUUAACACCCCUGAACAACAAAAAGUUUUGCCGACCAAGUGCCAGUGUAGACAAAUCCUUACACUCAUGCCCUCCAGCUGUGCUGCUUUUGCAUGUGUGAGUGAGAAUUACCUGCCUGUGAGAGAAAUAUCCUUAGAUCUGUCUCCCUUGGAAUAUUACGCUGUGCGUGUGAGUAACCAAAGCUAUCUUCUGACUUCAGAUUCACACUUCAAUCUUUACUUGUGUGGCUUCUAACCUUUAGAAUACUCUUACUUGUAAAAUAAUUUUAGCUAUGUUGUGUGUGUUUCUAACAGUAGCGGAUUUCUCCAUGGAGCCGGGCCCACACUCCAGGGGGGCCCCGACCAGGCCCACUCUUCUCCACCCCCUGCUCUCUCCUGCGGGGGGCAGAAGCUUGGUGCUCCUGGCACUGAGGCUCCUGCUGCAGUAGGGCAGACAAGCUCCCCCUCCCCUGCCUCUUCUCACAGCU